AUGAGCGCCUUGAAACCAGCUUUGAGAUUUAGAGACUUUCUCCAGGUCCUCACGGACGAGGGUGACUUGCAAGAGAUUACCACCGAGGUAGACCCCAACUUGGAGGUAGGAGCUGUCAUGAGGAGGGUAUACGAGGAGAAAUUGCCUGUGCCGUUUUUCCAGAACUUGAAAAAAGAUCCCGAAAAUCCCGAUCCUGAAAAUUUGUUCAACAUCGUCGGAUGCUUGGGUGGUCUUCGAGACAAGACCAAGGGCAACGAUCAUGCUAGAAUUGCUCUACACUUGGGUUUGGACUCACAGACCCCGAUGCCCAAGAUCAUCGAUUACUUGUUGGAGGCGAAAACAAAGAAACCAAUUGCACCCCAAGUCGUCAACUCCUCUGGUGCUCCAUGCAAGGAGAAUAAGCUCACUGGAGACGACAUCAAGUUAAACUCAUUACCUGCUCCUAUGUUGCACCACGGCGAUGGUGGCAAAUACAUCCAGACAUAUGGAAUGUUUGUCUUGCAAACUCCCGAUAAGAGCUGGACGAAUUGGUCUAUAGCCAGAGGAAUGAUUCAUGACGACAACCAUUUGACUGGCUUGGUCAUUAAUCCACAACAUAUUAGACAAGUUGCCGAUAAAUGGAACGCAGUCGGCAAGGGUGACAAAAUCCCGUUUGCCUUGUGCUUUGGGGUGCCACCUGCAGCAAUUCUUGUAAGCUCGAUGCCAAUACCUGAAGGUGUUUCGGAGGCAGACUACAUUGGGGCCUUGGUUGAAGAGCCCUUGAAGGUUAUCAAAUGUGACACCAAUGAGUUGGAAGUUCCUGCUGAUUCCGAAAUCGUGCUUGAAGGCCAUUUAGACUUGAACGAGUUGGUCGACGAAGGUCCAUUUGGAGAAAUGCACGGGUACUGCUUCCCAGGAACACCACACCCAUGUCCUUUGUACACGGUAGAGACCAUAACCUACCGAAACCACGCUAUCUUGCCAGUUUCCAACCCCGGCUUGUGUACUGAUGAAACACACACCUUAAUUGGUGGCUUGGUGAGUGCUGAAGCCAAGCAGUUAUUCAUGGAGGAUUCAGUUUUGAAAAAUGUCAUUAUGGAGGCAUUCACUCCCUAUGAAGGCGUGGCUUUGUGGUUGGCUUUGAAGGUGAAUACCAAGGAGCUUGCCAAGUUGAACACCACCAGUAAGGAUUUCUGUAAGAGAGUUGGUGACAUUGUUUUCAGCUCCAAGACUGGAUUCAUUAUCCAAGAAGUGAUUUUGGUGUCGGAGGAUAUCGAUAUCUUCGAUUUCAGAAAGCUUAUUUGGGCCUACGUUACGAGACAUGCACCAGGUGACGAUCAAUACUUCUUUGAGGAGUACCGUGCUUUCCCAUUGGCACCAUUCAUUAGCCAGGGACCAAGAGCUAAGACGCUAAAGGGAGCUAAUUGCGUCACCGACUGCUUAUUUCCACAGCAGUAUAAGUCCGGCGGCGUUGAGUUUGUCACCUGUGACUUCGAUGGUUAUCAUGAUUCCAUCAAGGAAAAAGUGUUGAAGAAUUGGUCUGCCUAUGGCUAUAAAUAG